AUGAAUUCUGGCUCUCCUUACCCAACACAAGACUACUCUCGUUUGCCCUGCCCUUCAAUUGAGGCAGACUAUAGGAGACUUAUUAUGUCUAGUUCACAAAUACUAGACCAGGCACCACCUCCUAGCCUUAGAGAAAUACUCGGGGCAUACAAAUCGAAAGGGGACGGUGACAGAGAUAUGCUUAUUGCCAUGUUGAAUGCAAAGAGUGCCGAAGACCAGCGGCUUGCAUCCGUCGCUUCCUUGCACAGAACCCUCCUUGAAAUGUCCGCAGUAGAUACCCGGCAUGCAAGCCCUCCGCCCCCCUUGCCACCCUCAGCACCUUACUCAAAACAUGGGCUAUAUCCAAGCGACAUGACCAGUGAACGUGUCUCCUCUCAACCAUUACCUGUGGUUAGGGAACCACCUCAACUCUCUCAGCCACCACGAAAACGCCAACGCUCUUCUCACUCCCCUUCAUCACACCCUUCAUCACAUUACGAAUUGCGCACAUCUCAUACAUCCUCCCGCGACUUGCCACCUUCGCCAUAUUCGUCUCGGAGUGAUUCUGAGGAGUACUCCCCGCGGUCCAGAGCAUCAAUGGCGAUAGGGUCAUUGCUCUCCACCGGUCCUAGCAGAGAUGCUCCAGAGGAUCUCCAAAAUCAUUCAGAGGGCACUCAACACACGUCCUCCGGUUCUGCAGUGUAG